AUGUUCGGCGGCAUUCCUUUCGAGGACUUUUUCGGCGGGGGCGGCGGGAUGCCUGGGGGCGCCGGGCGGGGCCCGCCCAAGGACGUGGACAACUCGAGGUUCUACGAGCUGCUGGGCGUGGCCAAGGACGCCGACGACAAGGAAAUCACCAAGGCAUACCGAAAGAAGGCUAUCAAAAUGCACCCGGACAAGGGCGGGGACCCGGAGAAAUUCGCCGAGAUCAACGCCGCGUACGACGUGCUGAAGGACCCGAAGAAGAGGGAGAUCUACGACAGGUACGGCGAGGAGGCGAUCAAGGAGGGCGCGGCGAGCGGGCACGGCCGCGGCGCCGCGGACAUUUUCGACAUUUUCGGGGGCGGGGGCCGGCGCAGCCCGCGGGAGCGCAAGGCGCCGCCCGUGCAGCACCAGCUGCGCGUCACGCUCGAGGACAUGUACAACGGCACCACGCGCAAGAUGCGCAUGCAGCGCGGGAAGGAGUGCGGCGCGUGCAACGGCAAGGGCACCAAGUCGGGCCGCGAGCCACAGUGCAGCACGUGCCGCGGCCAGGGCGUCGUGCUCCUCGUCCAGCGCAUGGGCCCGAUGAUCCAGCAGAUCCAGCGGCCCUGCCAGGACUGCUCCGGCACGGGCAAGGCCGUCCCGGCCAGCGACCGCUGCGGCGAGUGCCACGGCAAGGCCAGCGUGCCCGAGACCAAGGAGUUCGAGAUCCACGUGGAGAAGGGGAUGAAGCACGGCGACAAGGUCGUCCUGCGCGGCGAGGGCGGCUUCACGGAGCCCGGCGUGCUCCCCGGCGACAUCGUGUUCGUGCUGGUGCAAAAGGAGACGCCGCGCUUCAAGCGCAUUCGGGCGGACCUGAUCCACACGAUGGAGGUGAGCCUCGCGGAGGCGCUCACGGGGGUGAACCGGACGAUCGAGCACCUCGACGGGCACACGCUGUCGGUCAAGUCGAAGCCCGGCGAGGUGGUCAAGCCGCAGAUGGUGCGCAAAAUUGAGGGCAAGGGGAUGCCGCUGCGCGGGCGGCCGUUCGAGCACGGCAACAUGUACGUGAUCUUCGAGGUGAAGUUCCCGGACACGCUGCCGGCGGAGAUAGUCGCGUCGCUGAAGGGGCUGCUGGGGGCGCCCAGCGGGGAGGACAUGGAGGAGGACGACCAGGCGGAGGAGGUGAAGCUGACGCCGAUCGCGGACAUCGAGCGGGAGCUGCGGAUGCGGCAGGAGGAGCAGGCGCGCGCGGGCGCCGGGACGGAGGCGUACGACUCGGACAGCGAGGACGAGGACGGGCCGCGGGGCGUGCGGUGCGCACAGCAGUGA